AUGAAAUUUUUAAUGAAGUUACAUAAUGAAACAGUUACAAUCGAAUUAAAGAAUGGAACAAUCAUUCACGGUACUAUUUCAGGUGUAGAUGUUAGCAUGAACACUCAUUUAAAGACAGUAAAGCUGACGCUUAAAGGAAAGAACCCAAUCAAUUUAGAUUCUCUGAGUAUCAGAGGAAACAAUAUCAGAUAUUUUAUAUUACCAGAAUCUUUGAAUCUUGGAACUCUUUUGGUAGACGAUGCACCAAAGAAACCAAAGAAGAAGGCACCAACAGAUAAACCAGCAGCUUCAUCAUCAUCAUCAUCACGUGGUGGCGGUGGUGGUGGAAGAGGUGAGAAAAUUCUUCUUGCACUCAGAUGUAUGUCUUGCAAAUUGUGGUCAAAAUCUCUUUUAGGUGUUGUUGUGGGUCAUGUGUUCAAUUAA